AAUCCACACUUAAAACAAUAUCUUAUUCGUAUAUUCAACUAAAAAAGCUUCUCGUGAUUUCCUAUGGCAACGCUAGUCUAUGCAGCAUCAAUAAUUGUGACACUUUUCUCGUUCCUUUACUUCCUCCAUCGCAGACAAUGUUGCAGACAUCCUCUCCUAAUAGACUAUCCUAUCCUUGGCAUGCUACCCACAGUUCUUUGGAAUUUGUGGCGCGUGCAUGAUUUUAUCACUGAGAUUUUGACACGACAUGGUGGCACGGGUGAGUUCAUUGGACCUUGGUUUACCGACAUGAACUAUGUCAUCACUACUGACCCCAUCAACGUGCACCACAUGAUGAGCAAGAGUUUCGACAACUACGUUAAGGGUACUGAGUUUCGUGAGAUUUUUGAUGCUUUUGGAGAUGGGAUAUUCGCUGCUGAUUCAGAGGGAUGGAAAUACAGUAGGUCUUUGUUCCAUUCUUUGUUUAAACAAAGAACCUUCGAGGUGUUUAUCGGGAAAACCAUUCAGAGAAAGAUACAUCAAGGCCUUCUUCCAAUAUUGGAUCAUGCACAACAACAAGGGAAGGUGGUGGAUUUACAAGAUGUUUUCAAUAGGUUCACUUUCGAUAACAUAUGCUACAUAGUUUUAGGAUAUGAUCCUAAUUGUCUUUCUAUUGAUUUCCCUGAAGUUGCAAUCGAGACGGCUUUUAACCAAAUAGAAGAGUCCAUAUUCUACCGACACGUGGUGCCAAAAAGUGUUUGGAAGUUAAUGAAAUGGUUUCAAAUUGGUGCAGAGAAGAAGAUGACAGAGGCAUGUAAAACCUUUGAUCAAUUCUUGUAUGCAUGUGUGGCAUCAAAGCGAGAAGAGCUAUGCAAAUCCUCCAAUGAAAAUAAUGAAGCUGAUCAUGUUGACUUCCUUACAUCUUUGAUGAAAGAACAAAAGGGACAAGCACAUGAUGACAAGUUUUUAAGGGAUGCUGUGUUCAAUAUUUUUGUAGCAGGAAGAGAUACCAUAACCUCAGCUCUCACAUGGUUCUUUUGGCUUGUUGCUACAAACCCAUUAGUGGAAUCCAAGAUUCUUGAAGAGAUCAAGGAUAUCUUUGGUGGUAAUGAAAAGAAGGUAGGGGAUAUAAGCGUGGAGAAGGUGAAAAAGCAAGUUUAUCUCCAUGGUGCUAUAUGUGAAGCAUUGAGGCUUUUUCCUCCAAUACCUUUUGAGCGCAAGCAAGCGAUAAAAGCUGAUACACUUCCUAGUGGACACAGUGUCAAUCCCAAUACAAUGAUAUUGUUAUCUUUGUAUGCAAUGGGGAGAUUAGAAGAUGUAUGGGGAAAGGAUUGUUUUGAGUUCAAGCCAGAAAGAUGGAUCUCAAAGAGAGGAGGCGUUGUUUAUGCACCAUCUUACAAAUUCAUUGCUUUUAACGCAGGACCCAGAACUUGUUUGGGCAAAGACGUGUCCUUUAUUCAGUUGAAGAUGGUGGCCACUGCUAUUUUGCUUAACUAUCGCAUUCAAGUGGUGAAAGGUCAUUUUGCUACUCCCAUUCAUUCAAUUGUUCUUCUGAUGAAGGAUGGUUUGAAGGUUAGGGUAACAAAAAGAGAUAUUUAAUUUGAUGGGAAAAUUCUACUUUCAAAAGUACGAAUAUCUGUCUAGAAACCGAAGCGGCUUAUGUGUGUGUUCUAGAUAACUUGUAUUGUGUCCAUUUAAAUGCUUAUGAAUUGUGAUCAACUAUGUGACCUACUUCUGAGAUAAAAGAAAAUAAAUAGUUCGU